GCCUUUUGUAAUUUAACUAAAAAAAUAUUAAAAAACCCUAGAAUCUUUCCCCUCUCUUAGCAGCAGCCGCGUCCCUCUUCGUUUCUAACCUCUCCAUUCUGUUGUGUGUCCUCAGUUCUCACUGAUUCACCAUCCGGGAGCCAUCCUCCCUUACCCGAUUCACCGUCAGUCCGACACCGUCAAUCCAUCACAGCUACGCCACGAUUCCAGCUUCAAAGUAGCCGCACCUUCCCUACAUUUCCCCUUGAAAUCCUCACAGUCUAUCACCGGCUCACGGUCACUCAACGAUUCGGAAAUCUCGUUUCCCAGUUCCAGCUCCUUAAAGAUUUUGCAGAUUUUGCAGAUCUUGGACAUGAAUGCCUUCAAGGCUUUCAAAGCCAGUGUCCCAAUUGCAUGGAGUCCUAAUCUUUAUAUCACAUUAGUGAGAGGCAUGCCGGGAACAAGGAGACUUCACAGACGUACAUUAGAGGCAUUGCGGCUCCGAAAAUGUAACCGAACUGUCAUGCGCUGGAACACGCCUACUGUUAGAGGAAUGAUUCAACAGGUAAAGCGAUUGGUAGUGGUUGAAACAGAAGAAAUGUAUAAAGCUCGUAAACAGAAGAUGGAAGAGCACAGGGCCCUACGACCGCCUUUAGUUAUAAAUCACCUUCCGGCACCAAGUUCUGCUUCUGCCUCUUGAAACAUGUAUUGCUGUUAGAGGUCAGGUCUACUUCUUGGGUAUUGGGACAAUGUUGAAAAGAAUUAUAUUUGAGUAGUGUAUUUUUCAGGAAUUACUUGACAAUCAAUGGCUUUUAUGCUCUAUUCAUCUUGCCAAAAUUAGUUGCUAGCUAAAAUAAUAUAUUGGAAUACUUGCCAUUUUGACAAUGAAAUGUCUACCAAAAUCAUUUUGAUGAA